AUGGCCAACUCCUCAUUGGACAAGUAUCACACCACCUUCAGCGAGAGCGGUCUGAUCCAAGCGGUUGUAAUGGCUAGACCUCGCCGGCAUCUCAUCCUAUGCGCGCUAGUCCCGAUCAAAGCCGAAGGCUACACUGCUUGGCAUCCAGGUCUCACUACAAAACCCCUGCCUCGCCAAUACACCUCUUUGGCUUCUCAACCACACCCUCAUCCUCAUGUUACUUCAUCGCAUCGUCGGUUCCAGAACCCUCCUUCGACCGAGCGCGCUUGUGCGCCGGAGUGGAGCUACGCCUUACCCUCUGUCGUUAGAAGACGUCGGAUCCAGACCGAUUCCCUGCCACCAUCCGCCCACCAGGAGAUUCUCAAUGGGCAAAGGCUGCGCCGCCCUAAAAGUCCCGUCCUUACCAUCUACCAGCCGCAGCUGACGUGGGUUGGCUCUAUCCUCAGUCGGUUCACUGGGACUGGGCUUGCUGUCCUUCUCUACGGAUCCGCACUCGUAUACCUUGUCGCCCCGGACACGUUCUCUUCUGCACAAGUCAUUGACUUCAUCUCUACGCUGCCCGACGCCGUCAAGUACGCCGGUAAGGUCGUGCUCGCCACCCCGUUCGCGUAUCACUCCCUAUGCGGCGUCCGGCACAUUGCGUGGGACGUUGGCAAGUUUUUGAGUCUGCGCGGGGCAUACGGGACGGGGUACGCCGUGAUUGCGGGGACGGUGAUAAGCACCGUGGUGAUGGUGUUGAGGUGA